AUGCGGGGGAAAGGCGGGCCCGAGAACGCACUCUGCACCUACAAGGGAGUCCGCCAGAGGACGUGGGGCAAAUGGGUCGCCGAGAUCCGCGAGCCCAACCGCGGGGCCCGCCUCUGGCUCGGCACCUUCGACACCUCCCACGAGGCCGCCCUAGCCUACGACGCCGCGGCCCGCAAGCUCUACGGGCCCGAGGCCAAGCUCAACCUGCCCGAGCUGCUGCUCCAACAACAACACCACCACCAAGCCAACAGCUCGGGCAGCUUCGGGCAGGCCCCACCUUUUGCUGGGGCUAUGGACCCCACACAGUCCCUGAAACCGGAAUCAUUAAGUUUCGCGGUUUCAGGGACUGUAUUAGCUGGCUCUGCUUCUCUCUCCUCUUCUCCUUCUUUGUCCUCUUCCUCGUCUUCCUCCUCCAACAACGUGCCGGCCACCAUGGGCAGCUUCGACCUGCCGGCGAUGGUGUUCGGCGGCAGCAGCGGCGGCAUGGGGUACUCGAAUUCGAGCGGGGACGAGGUAGGGGGGAGCGAGUUCUGGUCGAACUUGCACGUGAACUUGCCGCUGUUGGACGAUUCCAUAUGGGCGGAGGCUGCCAUGUCGCUGGACUUCCCGAUGCAAGAGCCGGCGGGGAUGUUCGCCGGAGGGGCGAUGGAUGGAGGGAGCGGGUGGGACUCGGCCACCACAACUCCAUGGUGCAUGUAA